AACUGCCACCCCUUCAACUGAAGUGACCAGUUUAUUUGUAGAGAAGAGUAGGGUACACUUAGGAAAGCCUCGGUGCUGCGCUUGGCACACUAGUCUUGGGAUUUGGCGGAUUUAAAAAGAACUUAUGGAAAAAUCAAAAAACUUCCGAAUCGACGCUCUGCUUGCAGUCGAUCCUCCUAAAGUGCAAACAUCUCCCUUAGCAUUGGUGACAUCCCUAUCAUCCUCAUCCGUCUCACCAGUAGGAAGUCCACCUUCAGAAAACACAAGCACAGCAGACUGCAUUCGGAAUGAGACGCCUUCCCCUCCGAGGAUCACCGCCUGCGGGUUAAUGCCUAAGCCAGGUUUUUUCACGACCAGCCAUCAUCACCAUCAGGGCAUUGCCGGGCUCCACCAGCAAGGAGGGCCAGGGAUCCCCACUGCACAGGCUCUCUAUGGCCACCCCAUGUACACUUAUUCAGCGGUGGCAGCUCUGGCCGGACAGCAUCCUGCAGCCGCCUUGCCUUACUCGUACCCACAGCUCCAAGGCUCGCCAGCACCCCACCCCUCUGACCACAUAAAACUUGCUGCAGCUGGCACCUUUCAGCUGGAUCAGUGGUUGCGGGCUUCAACAGCUGGAAUGAUGCUUCCCAAGAUGUCAGACUUCAACUCUCAGGCACAGUCCAGUUUACUGGGCAAGUGCCGAAGACCACGCACUGCUUUCACAAGCCAACAACUGCUGGAACUGGAGCACCAGUUUAAGUUAAACAAAUACUUAUCACGACCCAAACGGUUUGAGGUGGCUACUUCGCUUAUGCUCACAGAAACACAGGUAAAAAUAUGGUUCCAAAACAGGAGGAUGAAGUGGAAGAGAAGUAAAAAAGCCAAAGAGCAAGCAGCACAAGAAGCAGAAAAACAGAAGAAUAACAAAAGCGGGGACGAGAAAUCAGAAGACUUUCAGGACAAAUCGGACUAUGGAAAAAAAUGUGAACAGAUUAAAACAAACAGAAUCAGAGAUUAUAGGCACAGUGAGGAGGAGGAGGUGGAAGAUGAUUUGGGGGACACUUUUAGAUACAACUCGACAGAUUGUUCUUCGGACGAGGAAUCCUCUCCCACAAGAUGUCCCAAACCCAGCUCCCAGCAAUAAGGACAGUUCGUUGUAAAAUGUGUACGGUGUUCAUUAAGAAAGUACUGCAAUUUCUUCAAUAAGGAAGUUUCCUUUGAAAGCAAAUUACCGAACUGCUGAAAACAUACAUGUGUACGAUGGUUUCUUUAUCUUAUUUGACUGUUGAUUUCGAGUUGCUGCUUUAUUUGGGUUGGAGAUGGGACAAGAGUAAUUGGAAAACAAGUCACCACAAAUCUGACAUUAUGUGCGCACUUUGCUUUUUCCCCUUACUUUUCUUAAACGAUGACCCCCAGCAAAUAUUCAUUUACCUGCAGUAAAGCUAAUGUUUUAUUGGGACAUUGAAACGUGCGUGUAACUGCAGUGCCCAGAAUUUUACAAGGACAAAUUAAUGUAUUUCUGACUGACACAAAAACUGUCCCAUGUUUGGUAAGAUAAUGGUGUUUGUUGUCAAGACACUGGCGGACCUGUGUAUGUACUGUUUGGGUGUUACAUCUUUAGAAAACCUCAAACUGCACUGUUUAUUUUUGUAUAAUGUAUUUAUAAUAUAGGUAUGCAUGCUAAGUUAUUGUUUAGCAUCUUCCAUCCUGAAUGAUGGAGUGUAAAUAAAUCUGUUUUGUAU